AUGUCUGUGACAGAGCCUGAACUUAAAGCUUACUUGGACAAGAAAGUUUCCGUUCAACUAAAUGGAUCACGUAAAGUCAUUGGAAUAUUACGUGGUUAUGAUAUAUUUUUAAAUGUAACGAUCACAGAUGCUUUGGAAGAGAGGAUAGAUGGUGAGAAAUUAAACAUAGGUGUAACGGUUAUCAGAGGAAACUCAAUCGUGUCAUUAGAAUCAUUGGAUAAGAUAUAA